AUAAAUCUGCUGUGGUAUUCUUCUCGAUCGUAUCAUCUUUUUUUUCCUCUUGUUUUGGCCAUCAAUUUUUAUAACAAUAUGAUUAAAAUUAUAACUACAAUUAUCCUGAUUAUAACCGUUGUUGUUGAUUGUCGUUUUCCACGUAUUCUUCAACCAAAAUGGUCAUAUUUAGAUUCAUUACCGGCUAGUUCAUCAAUGAUGAAUGAUAAUAGUAGUCCGAUUGCUGGUGUUAUUGGUGGUCAAGAUGCUGCCGAAGCUGAAGCACCAUUUCAAAUUUCCUUGAUGAAAGAUUAUCUUAUUAUGAAAAGUCAUAUGUGUGGUGGUUCAUUGAUUUCAGCAUCGACUGUCAUUACAGCUGCACAUUGUACUGAUGGACAAAAAGCAUCAUCACUUUCAAUACGUUAUGGUACAAAUAAACGAACAUCAUCCAAAUAUGCUGAUCUUUCAAUCAAACGUAUUGUUCAACAUGAAUCAUAUGAUCCGGAAACCAUACAAAAUGAUAUAUCAUUAUUGAUUUUGUCACAACCGGUUAAACCAAGUUCAAAUGUUGAUUUUAUUGAUAUUGAAACCAAAGAUAUUGGUGAUGGUGAAAAAGUAACUAUUUAUGGUUGGGGUUUAACCGAUGGUAAUACAAAUAAUUUACCCGAUAAUUUACAAAAAGGUUCAAUGACAAUUGUCGGUAAUGAUAAAUGUAAUGAUAAAUGGGGUUCGGUUAAUACUAUUCAUCCGGGUAUGAUUUGUGCAUUGGAUGCAACACAAUCUGGUUGUAAUGGUGAUUCUGGUGGACCAUUAGUUUCGGCUGAUCGUAAAUUAACCGGUAUUGUAUCAUGGGGACCAAGUAAAUGUCCACCAGGUGAAUAUAUGAGUGUAUUUACACGACCACAAUAUUAUAGUGAUUGGAUUGCUAAAAAUAUUGUUCAAUAAACGAUUUUGGUAAAAUCAAACAAACAAACAAAUCAAACAAUAUCUUUUGUAAUUGAAUUUACUUGAAUUUUAAACAAGCAAAAUUAAACAUUUUCGAAUUUAUUUCAUUUGAAACUUAUAA